AUGGCCCAUCAGUUGCCCUCGACACUCGAUCUGGGGAACGACGUUAGUCUCGACGUCUCCACUGCGCCAACGACCCCAGGAAGCAACUUGUCCUUCAGUCCCGUCCUUCAGGCUGCGGAUCAACAACCGGGGAUCCCCGCUAUGAAGCCCCAGAGUGCCUCCAGGUCGUUGUCGUCCACGUUGUUCGACACUACGGCCAGGACACCACCAGCUCGCAACAUCUGCUGCGUUGGCGCUGGCUACGUUGGUGGCCCUACUGCGGCUGUCAUUGCCUUCAACAACCCCCAUAUCCGAGUUACGGUAGUCGACAAGGACGAGAAGCGCAUUCAAAGAUGGAACUCCGUACAUCCCCCCAUCUAUGAGCCCGGCUUGAACCACAUCCUGCGCAUUGCCCGAGACGGAUCCAAGGAAUGCGCCAUCGAGACUAGGCCCCUCUCUACUACAAACACCACAUCUUCGAAUACCCCGGAUGUCUCUGAUGCCUCUACCCCGGCCUCAGAAUGCGGCAGCCAGUGCGAAGACCAUGUUUCCAAACCCAUUGCUGCCCGCCAGCCGAACCUCUUCUUCACAGCCGAUGUGGGCAAGUCCAUCAGCGAAGCCGACAUCGUUCUGAUUGCGGUUAACACACCAACCAAGAUCCGUGGUGCUGGCGCAGGUGCUGCGACGGAUAUGACUGCUUUCGAGGCGGUUACCAACGUGGUUGCUCAACAUGCUCGGCCGGGCGCCAUCAUUGUAGAGAAGUCUACGGUUCCCUGCCGGACAGCGCAGUUUGUACAAGACACUCUUGCGCUUCAUAGGCCCGGCGUUCACUUCGAGGUUCUCAGCAACCCCGAGUUCUUGGCUGCCGGAACUGCUAUCAAGGAUCUUCUCAACGCAGACCGUAUCCUGAUCGGCUCCAAUCCUACGCCAUCUGGUCAACGCGCUGCCGCCGCUUUAGCGUCCGUCUACUCCGCCUGGAUCCCGAGGUCACGCAUCAUCACUACCAAUGUGUUCAGUUCCGAGCUCGCCAAGCUUGUUGCAAACUCCAUGCUCGCCCAGCGCAUCAGCAGUAUCAACUCGAUUGCGGCCAUGUGCGAGGCGACUGGCGCCGAUGUCAGCGAGGUCGCAGGCGCAAUUGGUGCCGACCCCCGUAUCGGCAGCAAGUUCCUCAAGGCCGGUAUCGGUUUCGGUGGCAGCUGCUUCAAGAAGGAUGUGCUCAGUUUGGCUUACCUUGCCGAGAGCCUCCAACUACCCGAGGUUGCAGACUACUGGCGUAACGUCAUCACCAUGAACGAGUUUGCCAGGAACAGGUUCGCUUCGCGUGUCGUGAGGUGUCUCAACAAUACCCUGAUCGGCAAGAAGCUUACCAUCCUCGGCUACGCCUUCAAGAAGGAUACCAAUGAUACCCGCGAGUCGCCAGCGGUGGAGAUUAUCAGGACGCUUGUCGAGGAAGGGCCACGAGAAAUCGCCGUCUACGACCCCUGCUGCAACCCAGCGCAAAUGGCCGAGGAUAUUGGUCGCUAUGUCGGCGCCGAGGUACUACAGAGGAACGGUGGUCCUGUCAUCGUCUAUGCAGAUGCUUAUGAAGCCUGUCACUCCUCCGAUGCGCUCCUGAUUACGACCGAGUUCGACGAGUUCAAAAAUACCGGCGAGCCAGUAUCGGCAUCUGCCGAGGUUCUAGCCCCCAAGGCCGCUCCCGUCAAGGCUGUUGUCCCUGACCCACGGCCGUUCAAGGGCGAUGAGCCAACUGAGACUGAGCUCCUUGCUCUCCAUACCUUUCUCCUGCAGUCAACGGACGCGGAGGAUAAGGAGGACCCAUUACAUCGCUUCAACCCCGUACCGGACUGCGCUGAGGACUGCCCAGACUGCUACAUUGAGCAGGUGACGGGUACCAGUGGGUAUGGAGCGGGACAAGAGCACGUCUUCAAGGGCAGACUCGACUGGAGAAAGGUCCACUACCACAUGCACAAGCCUCACUGGGUGUUUGAUGGUAGGGGAGUGUUGGAGGUGUCCGGCAUGGAGAAGUUGGGCUUCCGCGUGGAGAGCGUUGGUCGCCAGGGGAGGGUCUAA